AUGCUCGACUGGAGCUUAUUCUUAGAGUGCCACUGUAUACGAAACGUGGUGUUGCCCUUGGUUGUUUGUUACUUUGCGAUCCGAUUUUGCUGGUUUCUAUGGACUCAGGUCAAGACCUUCGUUAUUUAUGCUUCCAAGCCUGCUUUUGACUUUGUCGCUGCUGCUGACGGUGGCUUUGCGCUGAUAACUGGCGGAGCAGGGGGGAUUGGCCGUUCCUGCGCCAUCGAGUUCGCAAAAAUGGGCAUCAACCUUUUCCUCGUCGACUACAGUGCUGACCUCCUUCCAAAAACCGUCGCCGAAAUCAAGAAAAUCAAUCCAAAAAUCCAGAUCAAAAGCAAAAUCAUGGAUUUGACCAAACUAAUGACGGAUAAAUCCGCUUACGAGGAGUUCAAAAACGAGUUGGAUUCGGAAAAGAUCGGUAUUUUGUUUAAUAAUGCUGGCAUAGCCGAAACCAAGCUGUUUAAUUACUCCGAAAGCUCGUACGAAGAAAUCACGAACUUGGUGAAAAUCAACAUCGGCGUUCCCGCAUUGCUCGACAGAAUCGUUCUUCCUCAAAUGCUAAAGCGGAAGAACGGGCUGAUCAUGAACAUGGGAUCUGCUUCCGCAAAGACACCAGUCGGCCUGUUGCCUUUAUAUGGAUCGUCCAAGUCGGGGUACACGAAAGAUAAACACUUCUAA